UAUAGACCUAAAAGUGGUUCAAUGUUAUUAUAUUCACGUAAACAAGUACGUUAUCGUCGUGAUGGUUAUUGUUGGAAAAAACGUAAAGAUGGUAAAACAACACGUGAAGAUCAUAUGAAAUUAAAAGUACAAGGUAUUGAAUGUAUUUAUGGUUGUUAUGUACAUUCAGCAAUAUUACCUACAUUUCAUCGUCGUUGUUAUUGGUUAUUACAGAAUCCCGAUAUUGUACUUGUACAUUAUUUAAAUGUACCAUAUAAUGAUGAUAAUAAAAUUAUAAUACCAUCAAUAAAUUCAUUAUUAGAUACACGUAAAGAAUGGACACGUGAAGAUCUUGUUUUAGAAUUAAAACCAAUGUUUUUUACUGUAAAUGAAAAAGAAAAUGGUGAAAUUGAUGAUGAAUUAGAACGAUCAACAUUGGAUACAAUUGAAUUAAUUGUACAACAAUUAUUAAUCAAACAACGUGUACGAUUAAAAACAUUGGAAGAAUCGAUAAUAUCGUUGGCCACAUCAUCAUCAACAACAACAAUGACAUCGACAACAACAACAACAACAUUAUCGAAUCAUUUUAAAAAUCAACAAUCAAAUAAUGAUUUAAUUCGACAACAACAACAAAUAAAAACACAUCAAAUAUUUACAAGUCUUUCAUCGGGACAAAUAAUGGAUGCACAAACAUUAUCAAAAAAAUCAUCAUCAACAUUGAAACCAGAUAUAUCAUCGAUUACAACAAAUAAUGAUAAUAUUAUUGAUUUGAAUAAUGGUAAUUCACAGAAUAUUAUUUUACAACAAAAUUGU